CAUACCGUCGCAUGCGCGUAGCUCGCACACGCUGCAGCAGAAUGCAUAGUUUGUUGCUUUCAUUCUCUCUACUUCUGGCGACGGUAGCUCAGGGCGGCGGCUCGCCUGCUCAGAGCGCCGCGCUGGACCACCUGCUGCAGCCGGCAGCGUCCUCCACGUGCACGCAGUCGGGGCAGAUCGUCUGCAACCGGGCCUGCGACCAGCUGGCCAUGUGCCAGCCGAACGACCAGGGAGGUUUCGAGGAGGUCACGCUGGAGAGGUGCUCCGCGGGCACCCGGUGCAGCGCCGAGCUACACAGGUGCGCGGACCGCCCCACGGCUUGCGGCGCCAGCACGGAGGGCGGUAUUGCCUGCCACGGCGCCGGCCGCUUCCCGGACCCGCUGAGCUGCAGCGUCUACCACGACUGCUCCGAGGAGGGCGCCGUCUCCACGCCGGGAGAGUGCGACACCGGCUACGCCUACAACGCUCUCACGGGCGACUGCAGCUAUCGGACGACGGACUCGGUCUGCACGGACGGUCCCACGCCACCCUGCAUCCGUGAGGGCCAGUCUGGAGCCGUGGCCACCAAUCCCAACAUCUACUACGUCUGCACAAACAACGAUGACAUACUGGUCCCAGAUGUCUACAAGUGCGGGAACGGACUGGUGUACGACCCCGGAACGAAUAGCUGCGUCGACUCCACAUCUACUACCACGCCAGUCACGAGGACCUAGACAACGACCACGACACGACCGCAGCCCCGGCAGCGCAGUGACGCUCCAACACCACGUCAUAAGGUUGCUGGAGUUCACGUACUACCGCGGGGUCAGCCACAACUACACGUGGCUGCACGUCGCUUGCGCCUUCGCCUUCCAC